AUGGGCCUAGGAAUCCAUAGAAAAAGUCAAAAGGUGCCUGACCUGUCGCGCUACGACUAUCAUUACCAGCAAAAGGCGAACUCGGGCCCUGGCAAUGAGCUAUCUGCAGCUGCAGCUGCCUCGGCUGGCAGAAGCAAGUCAUUAAUUAACUCAUCGUCAGCCAAACCUCAAACAAGGCCUCAAGGCGUACAAGGCCGCAGCUACAGUCUUCGACAUGGUGGAAAUGCAGGGCUCUCUCGGCCAAACUAUAAUAGUUCCGAGCGACUCGGCUCCCUUACGAAAAAGCGUCCCCCGGUAAACCCGUCGUCUAGGAGCAACUCGAUGGUGACGGUGCAGACGACUGAAAUCAAGGAUUCUAUGGGCAGGACACAAUCAAUCACCAAGAGGACGGUCCGGCGUGUCAAUGGCUACGAAUACGUAGAGACGAGAACAACCACCACCACGGGAGGGCCGCAAGACCCUGAGAAGCACUUUAACGAAUUUACAAGUGAUUUUUCACAGGACUUUGAAAACCAUCAAGAACCGAUGGAUCUCGACGUUGAGCCAGUGAUUACAGAUUCCCGCAUAAACUCCGGGGUUUCAGACAUCCUUAGAGAAGAAGACGAAGAUGAAGAUGCUGACGACGCAAACUUUAGUGAUGCAAUGGACUACAUACCUCAGCCGAAGACUUCCAGCCCUCGCAAUGCCCCAGCAACGAGCAGAUUGAAGAAAAGUUCCAAACCAAGGCAGGUAUUAAGCGAGGAAGAACAAUACGCAAAGGCUCUAGCGGCGGCACAGAAAAAAGUGUAUGGCGACAGGCCCUUAGACAAUAUGGGAUCGCCUACGCUACCACGCUCUACAAGAAGAAUGAGUUCUCUCCGGAGCCCUCCGCCUGCUGCGCCACCGAUUUCUGACGUUAAUCGCAAGAAUUCUUCGCGGAAAGUGUUUGCGUCACCAAAGCGGGACCAGUCAAACUCUAUAAGCGAUGUGAGACGGCCAGAAAGAACACCAACAACACACAAAAACCAAUCUGCCAAUUUAGGAGUCUCUCCCAAAGCUCGACGUAUGAGUGAUAGUGAAAUGUAUGCGAAAGCGCUGGAAAUUGCACGCAGGAAAUACAAUGUGGAAGCAGCAUCGAAUGAUGCGCAACAACCCAAACAAAAACCUGAUCAAUGGUCUACUCAGCAAACCGAUUUUACUCCAGCUGGUAAACCCAGCGGUUCCAAUUCAAAGGUAAAGAAUUUCUUCAAUAGAGUUGCACAAUUUAGUCAGGACAAUUAUGGAUACCAAAAUAAGAAGAAUUGGCAAAAUGGUGCGGCUAGGGAGAGCGCAUCAUUCGACGAAUCCGAAAAGAGGAAUCGGGAGCCGCUAGAUUUCAAUGACAUUCGUCAAGAUAAAGGUAUCGAGGACUCCACAAGUGACAAGAGAUUUCAAGCUAAGGUAAAUAAUGUCGUUCAGGACAAACCACAUGCCAAGAAAGACGAUGCUUCUGCUUUUGAGAGAAAUGAUGACGCUUGGUCAGAUAAAGUUGGGCAUGUGCAUGUUGAUCCAGCCCAUGUCGAGCCGGCACAUGUCGCACUGGCACAUGUUGAGCCGGUACAUGCUGAGCCGGUACAUGCUGAGCCGGUACAUGCUGAGCCGAUACAUGCUGAGCCGGUACAUGCUGAGCCGGUACAUGUUGAGCCUGUAAAAGCUAAACUUGUUAAAUCCGAAGUUGCGGAGGUUGAACCAGCACUUGUUGAGCCAGUUCAAGUCGCGCCAGUGGAUGGUAAACUAGUGGUUUCCAAACCAGCUGGCGUGGACGCAGUGUUAGUGCGUUCAUCUAAAGGCACCGCCAACGCGGUGCGGAAUCACAAUUCUGAAUCUGCUCAAAUUCCUCUUCCUGAUUCGAAAUCUUCAUCGAAAGCUACGAACGGCAACAAUGCGCAAAGCCCGGCGUUUUCAGCUGAGCUUCAGCCACCCGCUGCCCUUGCGUCUUCGGUGUCGAGUUCGCAAGCCAAUUUCUCAAGACAGAGCGUUAGAGGAUCUGUACUAGGCCAAUUGGAGGACACACUAAGGCCCAGCAAUAACAAUGACAGUAUUAAAGAGGUGCCAGAGACUUCACCAUCCGAACAACCACUGAAAGCACGGAAACUCAAUUUCUUUCAAAAACUGUUCAAGCGGUCGCGCAAAAAUGCCAAGCACCACUAA